CUGCGCUCGCGCAAGAGAAACUGUGUUUUGCAUUCAAGACUCAGUUGUAAGGCAACUUUUAGGGUCAUCAAACGCUUUAUAGCGAACCCCUUUGUGCAUUUACGUUGAUUAUUAACAAAUGAAAACGAAAUUUACUAAAACAAACACAUAAAUAACAACAGUGCAGUGUUUCAACGGACUUUUGUGUUAUGUGAAGUUAGUUUUUGUUGUGUUCAAAACGUGUAUGUGAUGUGAUCGGUGGCAGUGGUGCGGUUACAAAUGUGCCAUGGAUAGAUUGUCUUUCACAUGAAAAUGUGGGAGGACAUUUUCUACGUGAAAUCUGUAAGGAAAAAGUGCUGCGGGAAAUAAGAUUUCCUGCAGCAUGUCAACCGGAGGCUGCGCCGGGCCCGGCGUGUGCGGGGGCGCCCGGCGCCGCCCGCCGCCGCCGCCCGAGCCAGCGCUGACCCUCGCGGCGGACUUGAGCGAGCUGAGCCUCGACCAGGGCUACCACACGCUCGCAGACUGCGGGCCACCAUCGCGAAGGCGGCGAGACAACACGUUGACUGAUGCGCUGUGGCUGAAGAUAUUGUCUUAUCUUGAGGUGUCAGAUCUGUGUCGCAUGUCGCGCGUAUGUCGGCGCUGGUCGCGGUUCGUGGCCCGACUGACGGCGCAGCCGGAGCCGUGGCGGCGCAUCCGAGCGGCUGGGCCAUUGGAGGUAGCGGCCCGGUGUGCGGGCGCUAGGGCCGGCCCGUGCGUCAGCGAUGUGCGGGAGUGGCGGACCAAGACUUGUGCUGUGACGGUGGCAGGGGCCCAGCUGCUCGUCGCGACGUUUAGGAACUUAACCCACAUAGCUUUGACCGGCUCCAACACUAUGGACGCGCGGGCACUGGCGCCGAUUAUCACGGAUUUGGUCGACUUGAGGCAUAUUGACCUUACAGGUUGCCCAAACGUGGACUGGCCAGAGUGGGCGUGGUUGGAGAGUAGGUUGACUACGAGACGACCGCCCAUAGAGUACAUAGACCUGACUGACUGUGGAGCGGUCACAGACGCCGGUCUAUGCGCCUUGCUACAUACUUGCCCUUCGCUGCAAUACCUUUACCUCAGAAGAUGCACUCUAGUCACGGAUGCUGGUGUACGGUGGAUACCUUCGUACUGCGCACUCAAAGAGUUGAGUGUGUCCGACUGCACCGGGGUUACGGACUUUGGGUUGUACGAGUUAGCCAAGCUAGGGCCGGCCUUACGAUACAUUUCUGUGGCUAAAUGUUCACAGGUAUCAGACUCUGGAGUGAGGACUUUAGCGCGUCGCUGCUAUAAGCUCCGGUACCUAAACGCGAGGGGGUGCGGCGCGCUAGGGGAUGAUGGGGUCGAGGCGAUCGGCAGGGGGUGCUCGAGGCUACGGGCGCUAGAUUUAGGGGCUACUGAUGUCUCAGAAGCUGGACUGCAGAUACUAGCCCGAUGUUGUCCAAACUUGAAGAAGCUGGCUCUACGAGGCUGUGAACUUAUAGGCGACGACGGUUUAGAAGCAGUAGCCUACUAUUGUCGGGGUCUCACCCAAUUAAACAUCCAAGAUACGCCUGUAACGUUGAGAGGAUACAGAGCUGUGAAGAAAUACUGCAAGCGAUGUGUCAUAGAACAUACGAAUCCUGGAUUUUGUUGACAGAAACUUUGGGAAACGGAGGUACAAUUACCAUCUCAUUCUCAUUGAGAUAGACAAGAUUGAAACACUUGGACUAAUAUUACCUAGCUAAGUUAGAUUAGGACAAUAAAGCGGCUGUGGGUGGGCCAUAGUGGUCGCAGAACAGAUGGCCGCUGGGGCAGACGUGUUCUGGAGCGAAGUCUACGUACCAGGACGCCUUUCAGUUUGGUUGUCUAACGGCCUUAAGAAGGAUGUGGCUGGAUGAGGAAGGCGGAGGAUCAUGUGUCAUCACUCUAUGGACUGUUGUCCUUUCCAAUAGCGAAACUCAUCGAAAGCUUUUCGCUUGGUUGAAGGAAAGGCAUGGUGGAUAAGGGAGUAUUGUUUAGAAGACAUGACUUCGGAGCUUCGGCUUUUGAGAUACUUAAGUUCAUGUCUUUAAGAGUCGUUUAUGUACAAACUAGUUUUGAGUCCGUCCAAGUCCUUGUUUCUGCUCUAAAGAGACAUUGUAAGGACUAAGCAGAGAAUAAUAUUUGAGGUAUUCCUCUGAUAUUUUAAUACCUAAUUGUUCGAUGCAGCUAGAUCACUUAAACACUUACGAGCAAUGAUCUUUAACGACGUACAUCUUGUUUAACUAAGCUUCUUUAGUACCUAUUAGUUAAAGUUUGAUAAACUAAGCUAAGCUUAUUUAAUAAGCUUAGCUUAGUUAGCAAGCUGCCCAAGGCGAUAAAUGUGUCCGUUAUUAUUGUAUAAAUUGAUAAGAAAUUUUAGAAGAUUCUUAAAAAUAAUAUCUUUAUUGCUAAGAAAACAGAAAGUUAUAGGCAAUUAUAAAAAUAUCUGUGUUGUACAAGUUUUUUAUCAAUUACAGAUAGUCGAAGUAUUUUUUACUUAUUAACAAAAUCCUUGUUAAGAAAUGUUAGAACUUACCUAAGGUAUGUUAUUACAACUUAUUUCUACUGUAUAGGUACUUUCAAUUGUAUUUAUAGGUAAAUUCCUAAUAUUCGGUGCAUUCCGAAUAUAAUAAAAGAGGUGCUUUCGAUAACUUAGAAUGUACAUGUUGAAAAUAUUAUGUAGGUUUUUUUAUAUAAGUUCAUAGCUCAUUAAAGCCACACUGCGUCCAACUUGCAUUCAUUUGCAACUUCAUUUAGUAAUUACUUGGAAGCGUGGCGAUCUAUUGACGCUACGGGAUUGAACUCCAUAGAACUUUAUAAUCCAAGAUUAGAAUUAGAAACGACGUUAAACCAUCUAUAUAAUUAAUGUAAAGUGUUUCAAAUUUAAAUAUUACAAUUAUUAAUAGUUUAGAUUGAUUAAAAAUAGUUUCGCCAAAAAACUUUUAGGCAACCUGCUUGCAAUAUAUUUUUAACAAUUUUAAACACUUUUCAUUAAAUAAGCAGAUGGGUGAAAGUUGUUUCUGAUUAGGAUAUUGUACUUUUAUAAAACAAGUCCAUAUUAAAAUCACAAGAGGCGUGGCAGAGUUGGUAGCGUGCCGUUUAGCUCAAAUGAGCUAUGACCCUAAUGUGAAUCUUAGUUAUAGUUUUUGUAUAUAUCAUAACCUUUAAUAAUUGUAGUGAUUCUUAUAGUAAUAUAAAUUACAAUUAACAUUAAAGUUACAAUGCAAUUUGCGGCGUGAAACAAGGUCCAUUUACGAGCGUUGUACUUUACAUCAAGUAUGUGUUCUUAACAAAAUUGGAGUAAUAAUUCUUAACAUUCAACGCUUUCAAGUUAAAAUUUCAACAUAACAAAUUCGUGAAAUGCUAAUUAAUUUUAGGUAUUACUGUUUAGAGCUUUGAAUUUAUCUCCUUUUGUGGCAUUAAAUUCGCGUUGUAAAUGAUUUAUGUUUCUUAUAAUGUUUUGAAUGGAUCAAGAGCUUGCAAUAGCCAUACCUACCUCAUUUUAUGAAGGCUGAAAGUUUGUCAGCCUGUGGUCCGUAGGUAAAUACGGUAGACAAUUAUGGAUGUUAGGCUGUGGAGGCUUUGGAAGGGAGCAGAUUUCAAGGUUCAAGGCCUUAACCGUCAAAGAGUAAAGUGUGUUUUUUUAUAUUUAUCACGGAAUAAUAUGAGAAAUUAUGUCCCCAAUCGCCAAUCAUUUAGCUUUGCGGCACCUUUUUUAAAAACACCGCUUAAGAUUUAUUAAAGAAAAUUAUUUAUUUUUUUUAUUUAAGUUAAGGAUUUCAACGAAAGAAAUGAUGUCAGGACAUGGGAGAAAUGAUUCCUCAUGACCAGUGACAUGCACCUGCAAGAUGCAAAAAUGUACUGCAUACUCUGAUGAUCGAUUCUGUUGGACAAACAUUAUACAUAGUUUGACAAGAAAUUACCCAAUUUUUACUUAUAGUGCAUACCCCAGAUAAAAACCUUAUGCACACCACUGCAGUCAUGACAUCCUUCACUCUAAUAUUUUCCUAAACCUAAGGUUGUAAGAGAUCGCUAUGAAGCGAUAAGGCGUCCUUUUGUGUCCUACUUCUUAUUUUCUUAUUUGCUUGUUACGUUGUUCCUUUCUUUGUUUUGUAGUGUACCAGUGAUGUGUAUAAAUACAUAAUUCCUGGAGAAAUUAUUCAAUAAUUACGUUUUAUAAUUGGAUUAUUGAGGAUCUAACCCUUGAUACUUUCCAAAGUCACUACGGUUAAACUCCAUAAUCGACUACCGUACUUACAUAUAGUAGGAGCAUGAGCUGAUAAGUUUUCAGAUUUCUUGAGAUGAGGUAGGUCUGGCCGUCGCAGACUUUUGGUCCAGAAGAACUGACAUUCAGAGUUCUUGCCAAAAAACUCGCAUUAGAUCUAAUAAAAAAUAUCUCAAAAGAAAGUAUGAAUGGAAAGUAUAAAUUAGCAUCACGCAACGGAAUAAAUCAACACUCUAUAGAACGAAAUAUCUAAAGGACUUCGCAGUGAAUGUAAAAAAAAAAUCUCUUUUAUGUGAUUUUUGUAAUUCUUUUAUUUAAUAGGCACACUUUUUAAUGCUUUUUACUUUUAUCAUAAGCUGUUUUUAUAUAUCAUGUUUACCUACCUAAUAUUGAGUAUAACAUGGAUAAGAGACAGUUCGUAGGUACCAUUGCAACAUCUGUACCUUUAUGCUCCGAAACUUCCAAAAUACCGGCCAAGAGUGAGUCGAACUCGCGCACGAAGGGUUCCUUACAAAUCCAUUAAAGGGAAAAUAAUCAAGGGCAAAAAAAUAGGGAAGUGGGUUGUUGUAUAGUAAGUCCCUUAUUUAUUCUAUUUUGUUUUUUAGAAUUUGUUGUUGUGCUUCAUCUGUGAAAACUUCAACUGUCUAACUAUUACGGUUCAUGAGAUACACUUUUGUGAAAGACGGACCGACCGGUUUCAACCUUUGGCUACGGAUCCCUAAAAAUAUAAAAAUCCUCAUCUCCAUGAAUCUUUGUUAUAGGAAAAUUAUACACUGACAUCAUAAUGUAGGUGGCAAUAUUGGUACACUUUAUGGUACAAUCAGGUUAAUGUCACUAUAAAAGAUUUAAGAGCUUCUCAGUUUAUAUUGUUGCGCUCGUUAAAUAUAUUGGAGGGAAUCAGUUGGACUUAUUUUAUAAUCAUAAUCUAAUAAGGCUUUAUCUUUCCUUUCUACAGCGGUAAUUUCUAACAAGAAAACACUUUUAGAGAAAAACAAAGGCUCAAUUUACAUUGCUACGGUAUGCAAUAAAAGCGAAUUUAUUGUACAAUGCGUAGUGAAUUUUAUGUCAAUUGUAUAACAUACAAUCUUAAUACUUGCGCAUUCUUGAGAAUUCCCCUAGGUAAUAUUAGCUAGGGUAAUUCUCGAAAAUGAGCAAUUACAGCGGUGCCUUCUGGGCAAUACUCGAGAAGUGGCGCGAAAAGCUCGGUCGGUCGAUAGUAAAGGUUGUAAAGUAGGUCUAAAUCCUUUAAAAUGUCUAAUUAUUUCUCUGAUAUUCCUUUACUCAUCAUUGUCCUCUUCUUCUAAUGAGACAGAAAUAAGUGAUAUAAAAAUAGGAUUAAAUUUUAAUCAUUCUUGUCAUCGAUAUAAAUCGUUAGAUGGGCCCCAUAUUAAAGAACGCACAAUGUUAUGUCAUUACUUAAAGACGUGCACGCACAUUUUAACUUAGUAUGCAAGAAGCACAUGCUGUGACUUGAAAAAUAUUUUACUGUUUCUCUUGUUAAAUCCCUGAAUUAUGCCUUUGUGUACAUUUUGGAAGUGUAAAAACACAAGCCGCAACACGAAUAAUGAGAAAGUUGUUACUUUUCAUUCGUAAGUAUUUGCGAAACCAAUGACAAUUCCACGACGCUUUGGGCCCCAUCUAACGAUCUACGAUCGAUGAUCCUUGUCAAGUAAAAUCCUUGUCAAAAAAUCUAGACUAACAACUGACCGUGCCUCAAGGAGAAGCCGCGAGAAUUCGCGAACAUUACCGCGGAUUCUUUGACCAUAAGAAGAAAAACUUUAAAAUAUGUAUAAGUAAUGUAUACUAGGAACAACCUUAAUGCAGGAUACAUAGGAGUUUAUUUUUUGUAUAUUAAAACUUAUUAAAUCAAAUUAUUACUUUCGGUGAAUAUAAUUAGAAAAAUAUAAAAAUAUUAUUAGGUGCAAAAAAAACUAUAUUUAUUCUGUGCCAUAGAACAUAAGUGCAACGUAUUCUAUAAAAUACCUAAACUUUAAGUUUGUAUUAUUUAAUAAUGUGUAAAUUUUUUGAAUAAAUAUUGUAGAAAUGCUAUAAAUAUGUAAUUUAAAAUUGUAGAUUGUGUCUUUUAAAGAUGUUUUUGUUUAUAUACAACCUAUUUAAUAACAAUUAUAUUGUUAUUUGAGUUUUUGAAUUAUUAAAAUAUAAUUUAUAUGAA